AUUGUUUUUGUUAUAUAUUUGGUUGAAAAGGUUAUGAAAUGUCGAUUAUGUAAAAUGUUCCAAAAAUCGAAUAUUAGGUAUUAAGUAGGUAUAUGGCACUGUACAAUUCAAAUAUAUCGUCAAUAGUUUAACAAUCAAUAAAUAAAUAUUAUUUACCCAAAUGUUUCACAAGAACCAAAAAUGUUAAGGUUUGCCAAUUUUCAUGCAUUAAUUUUCGUGAUUUUUGCUAUAAGCAGCACUGGUGAAGGGAAGAUAUUGCUUCACAGUGUUGAGGGAGAGGUUAGUGCAGAAAAUUUCACUUACUGGAGUUUAACUUAUAUUGGAAACUUAAUUCUUGCCGUUAAUUCGACAGAAGGGGAUGUUGAUAUAUAUGUAUCUGAAUCACUUAGUAAACCAGGGUAUGAACCCAGUUUAUAUGAUUUGCACUCAGCCACUUGUGGGAUUGACAUUAUUGAAAUACCUAAAAGUUUUAAGAGGCCCAUUGGGGUAGGUCUUUAUGGUCAUUUUUUGCACAAUAUUAGUAAAUAUGUUCUUGAGGUGUAUUUAGAUACUGAAAGGAGAUAUGAAAGGUGGGACCAUGAGGGUCAUCACCAGGGGGUUACAUUCUCUGAAGCUCCAAAAUUGAAAACCCCUGAUAAGCCAGUUGCAGAUAAUAACAGUAACUUAAGAAGUAAAUUAAGAACUGUCAUUGCUAGGUCUGGAUUCUGGGCUUUUUUAGAACUGUUUGAAAUACUGUUGUUUUAGAUAAUGUUUUAAAGAAAUCGUUAGAUAAUUUUUUUAAUGAUCACUGUGAUAAAAACCUUAGGAAAUGACUAAAUAAAUUAAUACAUUACA